UUAGCGGGCGCUUCGGAAGGCCGGGGGGCGAGCCGGCAGGACGCAGCGGCGGGAGCAUGCCGGCCCUGGCCCAGCCUGGGGUGGGGGCGGGGGUGGGGGUAGGGGUAGGGCUCGCGCUCCACCUGCUGCUGCUGCUGCUGCCCGCGCCCUGUCCCGCCCGCGCCCCGCGCUUCGACCCCACCUGGGAGUCCCUGGACGCCCGACCGCUGCCCGCUUGGUUCGACCAGGCCAAGUUCGGCAUCUUCAUCCACUGGGGCGUGUUCUCCGUGCCCAGUUUCGGGAGCGAAUGGUUCUGGUGGUAUUGGCAAAAGGAAAAAAUACAAACAUUUGUGGACUUUAUGAAAAAUAAUUACCCUCCUGAUUUCAAAUAUGAAGAUUUUGGACCACUAUUUACAGCAAAGUUUUUUGAUGCGAACCAGUGGGCAGAUAUUUUUCAGGCUUCUGGUGCCAAAUAUGUUGUCUUAACUUCCAAACAUCAUGAGGGCUUCACCUUGUGGGGCUCCGAGCACUCGUGGAACUGGAAUGCUGUAGAUGAGGGGCCCACGAGGGACAUCGUCAAGGAACUGGAGGUAGCCAUUAGGAACAGGACUGACCUGCGUUUUGGACUCUACUAUUCCCUUUUUGAGUGGUUUCAUCCGCUCUUCCUUGAUGAUGAAUCCAGCUCCUUCCAGAAGCGACAGUUUCCAGUUUCUAAGAUGCAGCCUGAGCUCUACGAGUUGGUGAACAAGUACCGGCCGGAGGUCCUGUGGGCAGAUGGCGAUGGAGGGGCGCCCGAUCGCUACUGGAACAGCACAGGUUUCUUAGCCUGGCUGUACAAUGAAAGCCCAGUUCGGGACACAGUAGUCACCAAUGACCGUUGGGGAGCUGGUAGCAUCUGUAAGCACGGUGGCUACUAUACCUGCAGUGAUCGGUAUAACCCAGGACACCUUCUGCCACACAAGUGGGAAAACUGCAUGACAAUAGACAAGUUUUCCUGGGGCUAUAGGAGGAAUGCAGGAAUCCGUGACUAUCUUACAAUUGAAGAAUUAGUGAAGCAACUUGUAGAAACAGUUUCAUGUGGAGGAAAUCUUUUGAUGAAUAUUGGGCCCACUAAGGAUGGCACCAUUUCUCCAAUUUUUGAGGAGCGAUUAAGGCAAAUGGGGACCUGGCUUAAAGUCAAUGGAGAAGCCAUUUAUGAAACCAACACUUGGAGAUCCCAAAAUGAUACUGUCACCCCAGAUGUAUGGUACACAUCAAAACCUAAAGAAAACUUGGUCUAUGCCAUAUUUCUCAAAUGGCCCACAUCAGGACAGCUGUUUCUUGGCCAACCCAAAGCUACUCUGGGGUCAACAGAGGUUAAACUACUGGGACAUGGACAGCCACUUAAAUGGAUCUCUUUGGAGAAAAAUGGCAUUAUGGUGGAACUGCCACAUCUCACCUUUCAUCAGAUGCCUUGUAAAUGGGGCUGGACUCUAGCACUAACUAACGUGAUCUAAUGUGCAGCGGAGUGGUUCAUGCUGCAGUUACAUCUAAGACUAGAAAAUACCAGGUUUCUAUAAUUAUAGCACAUGGAGAAAGCAAAUGUAAAAUGGGUCAAGAAAAGUCAAGUAUUUAUUUAGGUAAUACAGCCCCUUUCCCCCCUACUCCUUAAAUUACCCAUGUAACUAUUGUAACUCUCCAGUGACCUUGUAUUCAGAACAGGCCUUGCCAAGAUGCGCCACUUUGGAAUGUAUUAUUUUGAGCUGAGGGCAAUUGAGACCCUGAAGGCUCAUGAGAAACUUUUAUCUCUUCCUUAAGGAAUUUAAAUUUGGGGCCUUGCCCAUAAUAAGAGUUAUCACCAGAGAUACGUUUUUGGUGUUUUGUUUUGUUUUUUAAAUAUAUUUCUCACCAUUUUAAAGUUUCAAGUAAACUGACAGAUCUACAAAGUAAACACAAAGAAUAUCUUAAAAAUCUUUUUUUUUUUUUACUUAUUAUACAUUUUAUUGGUUAAAAGGUUAACAGCUAUUUUUUAGUUAAAUCUAUUACAUUGAAAAAGUUGAAUAAGCUGGAAUAGAAGUUAUAGAAUAACAAAAAAGAUUUUAAAUUUUAUAAUACAAUUUAAUAUUACAAAAUAGCUAUAUUAUGCACAUAUAUAAACAUAAAAAUGGAUAAAUCAAUUAUCCUUAUCUUCUCAUUUUGUCUCUGAGAUUUGGCUCAUUCAAAUUGAGAGGAGUGCACCUUCUUCGUUUUGGCAGCUCUAAAAUAAGAUCUUCUGACUUGUUUUCAGAUGUAGCAGUGUUAUUUGAAACAAAUUUGGUAUUUGUCAAGUCCUGUAGUGUUCUACCACCUUUAGGAAGUAUAUCAAUAAUAGAAGAAAUCUGUUCUGAGUCAUCUAAACCACACACAUUUUGAUUAUUUUCUUUAAGACAUUAUACUGAGCUGAUAAAGAUUGUCUUGUUGAUACCAAAUUAGGAACAUCAGAUGAUGACUUUGAUAUAAAAUUGUUGUCACAUUGUAUUUUUUCUUUAUCUUCAUCAUCAUCAUCUUCAUCAUCAUCAUCAUCAUCAUCAUCAUCAUCAUUUGAAGUUAAUGGAACCCUUGCAAAUGGAAAACGCAUCGACACACACUGUUUACUAACCCGUUUAUUCUUGCUGGCUGGGAGUGGAAAGGGACUCUGAUGGAACUCAGAAAAAUUGCUCAUUUCAACUGCGAUUAUCAAAUUUUUCAAUUGUGCUUUUAUUUCUAUAAGCUUCUUAUUCAAAUUAUUUAGCUUUAGGCGAAGAAAUGUGUUCUCAAAAUUCAAUUUUUCCACUUCUUUUUGCAAUAACAUCUUUUCAGUUGCCAUUCUUCGAGAAUUCUCUUUUUCUCUACUAAGAGCCUGAGCUAAUGCCCUGUUGUUGUGCUUUAAAGUUAUUUUGAAAAUGGAAGAAUUAUCGCUUCUUCAGAGUGAGGGACACCAACCGGAUCCCGGAGCUGUAUCUUAAAAAUCUUUGACAGGAUAUUUAAUUUUGUUAGAAUUAAUAUAGAAAUUAAUAUUAAUAACAAAGGAGAAAAGCCACAAAAUUCCAAGAAUAGUGUUGUUACAAGCCUUCUUGGGUCAAUCAACAAUCUUUACCAUCUCCACUUAAUUCUGCAAUCAGAAACCUUGCACAUGUUCUCCCACUUUAUUUAAGACAUUUUUGACAAAGAAAUGUCAGUCAUUGCUGUACACAUAGUGGAAAGAAAUAAAUUUUUAUGACCUUUCUAUAAUCAGGCAGGACAAACUUCAAAGCACUGAACAUCUGAUUUUCUUUUCAUCCUGCAAAGACCUCCCUCCCUCUGAAGCCUCCAUGGGCCUUCCCUUACUCCUCAACCUUAGCUUAGAAUGUCAUAUAUGCCUCAUUUUAACUUUCUGUCUCUGAACCUCUCAUCUAUGUGGAGUUCUCAUAUGUACACACAUGAUUAAAUUUGAUUAUCUUAUCUGUUUCAUAUUGAUUUGAUUAAACCAGCUGCAAGAACCUAGAAGGGUGGAGUAAAUUUUCUGUCUCACACACACACAAAAAAAAUUUAAUUUGCUGUUAAAUUCUCUCCACAUUGAAUUUAAUUCCAUGUGCGAUCCAGAGUUGGAAAUUCUUGUUUUAGAGUAGCUAGCAGUUGGUGGUGUUAAGGACUGAAUUGUGUCUGCUUCCAAAUGUUGAAGCCUUAAUCCCCAGUGCGACUGUACUUGGAGGUGUGGCAUUUAAAGAGAUAAUUAAGGUUAAAUAAAAUCAGGGGUAGGGGCCCUAAUCCAAUAUGACUGGUGUCCUUAUAAAAGGAAGAGUCACCAGGGAUGCACAGGCAGAGAGGAAAGACCAUGUAAGGGUACAGUGAGAAGGUGGGCCAUCUGCAAACCAAGGCGAGGCCUCAAGGGAAACCAAACCGGAUGACACGUAGAGUUUUCCACCUUCAGAACUGUGAGAAAAUAAAUUAUGGUUGUUUAAGCUGCCCAGUGGGUGGCAUUUUGUUAUGGCAACCCUAGAAGACUAAUACAACUGGAAGGUAUAUAAUAAAUUUGGCCUAAUAUAUAUAUAUCCAAUGCUUACAGUAAUUGUGUCUUUAUUUUAAAAAUUGUUUUUUUCCUUGUGGUAAUAAAACUAAUAAAUGUUCACUGUAGAUAUUUUAAAACACAGAAAUGCUCAAAGGAAAAGUCAUUGUUCAGAUCACCACUAUUAACACUUUAGUACAUACUCUUCCAGGAAUCAAACCUGUGACCAUUCAGGCACAGGAUGACAUUCCAACUAACUGAGCCACACCAGCCAGGGCUAUUUAUUUAUUUUUUAUGAUUCCUGCUUCAGUGACUUUUUCGAUUAACCAAACAACUAAGGGUCCCAGACAAGAGGGUUCCUACUGUACUGACAGAAGACAAAUUUGUAAUGCCUAAGGUCAAUUAACUUCAAAUACAUGUGGUUUUUACCUUGUCAUCUCUUCAAUUGUCAUAACUACAGAUGCAGAUGAUCGUAGGUGAUAAUUUUCAGCUGAUCACUUUGUAUUUUUAGAAGGCCACAUCUGUUCAGCCUCAAAUUUUCUUUGGAUGAAAUCCUGGGUUAAUAAAAGGAAGAGUCACCAGAGAUGCAUCCUUAUUAUA